GCACCGCCAGGGCUCAAGCCUUCGAGAUGCACGGUGGCUGCUGCUGCCGCCAACCACUGCACCACAACACGGACACCGCCACGGGCCCAGUUCUAUCAUGGUUUUCAAACGGAGAGCGAGGAGGAUGCGUCUUGGGCUGGGGUGCUAUCGGGUGGGGCCCACGUGGCUCUGGAAGGCCCUGCUGGUGUUCGUGGCCAUUGCCUUCGCAGGACAGCUCCUGGGAGUCAUCUACAACAAAAGCCUCCAGCAGGACAGGUCGUGGUGGUUGUUCUCAUCCGAUGGCCAGGGCCCGUCUCUGGGCUUCUGUCGGCCCCGCAGCCACGUCAUGUUCCUGAAAACCCACAAGACAGCCAGCAGCACCGUCCUCAACAUUCUCUACCGAUACGGAGAGGAGAAGGACCUGCGCUUCGCCCUGCCUCUGGGGUAUCAGUUCGGCUACCCCCUCCCUUUCAACGCCCACAGGGUCAAAGGUUACAGAGGGCCCCGUGUGGCAGAAUUCAGCAUCAUGGGAAACCACAUGCGCUUCAACAAACCAGAGGUAGAGAAGGUGAUGCCAGCCGACACCUUCUAUUUCUCCAUCCUUCGUGACCCUGUAGCGCUCACUGAGUCGUCCUACGCCUACUACAAAGCCGUUGCCCCUGCCUUCAGGAAAGCCAAAGGCCUGGGAGACUUCGCCGACAACCCCCAGAAGUACUACGACCCCCGUCUCCGUAACAACCACUACGCUCGCAACCUGCUGUGGUUCGACUUCGGCCUGGACCACAACGCCAACUUCUCCACCACACUGACGCAACGAGGUGAAGUGGCCAUUCGACGUGCCUUCAAACUCAUCCUGGUCUCGGAGCACUUCGACGAAUCCAUGGUACUGCUCCGCCACGCCCUCUGUUGGCCUCUGGACGCUGUCGUCUCCUUUAGCCUGAACGCCCGGCAGCAAAAGUCCAAUGGAGGCAGCUCCUGGGUGGAUAAAGCGGCCGCUGCCCAGCCCCCCGCCAUGGCUCUCACAGACAACCAACGGCAGAAGCUCCGGGAGUGGAACUCCCUGGACUGGCACCUCUAUCAGGCAUUCAACCGCUCCUUCUGGGAUGAAGUGGAUCGCUUUGGGAGAGCCAGAAUGGACCAAGAGGUCGUUCUACUCCGGACCCGCCGGAAGUUGCUGGCUAAAGCUUGUCUGAGGGAAGGCGGGAGGCCGGUAGAGGCAAGCCGCAUCCGGGACAAGAACAUCAGGCCCUUCCAGAGCGGUUUGGUGAAGAUCCUAGGAUAUGAGCUCCAGCCUGGGCUGGACAACGCUACCCGUCAGGCCUGUCUGAGGAUGAUCAGGCCGGAGAUCCAGUAUAAAGACCUGCUGGAUGCCAGGCAGUUCCCCAGGGCAGCUCCCCAGCCUGCCCAGGCUCCGCCCCCAGCUAUCCCUGCUGGGGGAGCCUACAUGAGGAAAGGUCCCUCUUCCCAACUCAGGACAGGAGAGCUGGGAGUGGAGGGGGAAAGGAGGAUGGGGGAGGAGGAGAGGGACUGGGAUGGGAGUCGGUUAUCACGUAGUAGUAAUAAUAAUAAUAAUAAUAAUAACAACCAAACAUUGGUACGAGAUAGAGGUGGAAGAGAGGGGAAAAGGAACAUAAGAUAGUUUUCCAUCCAGAAUUAAUUCCAGGUGGGGAGUGGAUAAGACUAAACCCCGACUGAGCCUGUGUACUCGUACUCCAGCACUUGUUGAGUAUUUCUAUUACUCAAGUACUCCGAAAGACCCAUUCUCCCUCCAACCCUGCUGUACCUCCACUUUAUUGUACAUCCCCGUUUUUUUGGCACAUCUUAUGACUCCUUUUAUGAAUGGUUAUGACUCCCUUAUGUUCAUAUUGACUUUGUAAGGGUGCGAUUUAUGGCACAUGAGCUCCUCUAAAGAUAACAAAAGUCAAAAAAUGUUUUUUUUUUCUGGGAGGGGUAUUAAUAAUUUGACCUAGACACGCACAGACAGCAAGACGCAUCCAUCUUACCGCUCAGUAUGUGUUGCCCAUAUAUCUGAUGCUGUCGGGACCAAACAAGUAUGACAGAGGGGCUGCGUUUCGCACGCUCCGAUCCUUUCUCUGGUGAGAUACAAGUAACUGCCAAAAUAAAGGAAACACCAACAUCAAGUGUCUUAAUAGGGCGUUGGGUCACAACAGCUUCAAUGCUCAUGCCGCUGUGGCAUCGAUUCUGGAACUCUAAGUGUCUGGAACUCUAUUGGAGCGAUGUGACACAAUUCUUCCAUGACAAAUUCCAUAAUUUGGUGUUUUGAUGAUGGCGGUGGAAAAUGCUGUCUCAGGCACCACUCCAGAAUCUCCCAUAAGUGUUCAAUUGGGUUGAGAUGUGGUGACACACACACACAUCCUUCAAACCCCUUAUGCUAAUUUCAGACGCUUCUUUCAAAGUCACUGAGAUCUCUUCUAGUCAUGGUAGCCAAAAUAAUGGGCAACUGGGCAUUUUUGUACAUGACACUAAGCAUGAUGAGCUUAAUUAACUCAGGAACCACACCUGUGUGGAACCACCUGCUUACAAUAUACUUUGUAUCUCUUAUUUACUCAAGUGUUUCCUUUAUUUUGGCAGUUACAUAUAGAUUCAUUCUGCCAAUUGAAGGAAAAUGACUUAUUUUUGUAUAAAGAAUAAUAAUAUUGUUCACAUUUUUGGGGAAACAUGGCUUCCCUUGGCAUCCAAGAAUACACCCACUGUAGAAGGCCUAAUGCAAAUCACCAAAUGUCAUUACACUGAUGGCGUCUAUAGCAGAUGUCUCUUUCUAUUCAUUAAAUGGCGCGUGCACAGUGCACUGUUUGGAUGCUGUAAUUAUUUUGGAGUGGAGGAACCGCAGGUAGCCGACUUUUUGAAGUGAUAUGUUUUACAAUCAGAUGACUACUUCAUGACUGGUUGUGCUCAUGCCACAUUAAAAUGUAAUACAUUUUUACAGUUAAAUUAUAAUAAUAUCUUUACGAUUAGGCCAAUAAACUGUUUCCUAGUAGACGCUCCCCUGAAUGUCACAGUAUAGUUCGCUCUCCGGACUUUAUGAACACUGGACGUGAAAUGGAAUUGCAUCGCAUUCAGUGGGCCAACUGUCAUUCAAAAAGUUUACUUCUCUGCUUGAGAUUCGGCAGUCCAACUUCUCUUGCACGAUCAAAAUGUCAGCAUUUUUUUUGUUUUUAGAAAAAAAGCUUGGCUGUUACCUUUUUCUUGAAUGCUAAUGUUAAAACAGCAAAACAGGCAGCCAGCCAUAGCUACUGUAAAUGCUGGGGUAGGGAUGAUGUGAGUUGCAUGUUCUGACUGAGGAUCGGAAUGGAAUUCCUCCCUCUGAACGCAGUGUGCCUGGCAUAGAAAAAGUAGUUCGCAUGAAGCAGUGGAGGCUGGUGUGAGGAGGACAGCUCAUAAUGGCUGGAAUGCAAUGAAAGGAACGGCAACAAUCACAUGGUUUCCAUGUGUUUGAUAGCAUUCUAUUCAUGCCAUUCCAAUGAGCCUGUCCUAUAAUUUAAAGUGACACUAGCCUCCACUGAUACAAAGCCAGCAUUGAAGAGCAGUGAAUCUCACAAUAGGCCUUACUGUGAUGUCUUCUAGAGAGAUAGAUGGAGAACAUCUUAAAGGCCCAGUGCAGCUGUUUUUAUAUCAAUGUCAAAUCAUUUCUGUCUACCAAUUAAGUAAUAGACUUCUAUUAAAAAGGGCAAAAAUAGUUUCUUUAUGAAAAAUUCUCAAGCUAGAAUUUAGCUUGGACUGUCGGGACGGGGAUUAUAGCUGUUAUUGGCAGAUAGGAUUUUAACUAUUUGUUAUUGUUAUCUAUUAAACAAUUUCUCGCAUGGUGAUGUCACCAUGGAAAGCCGUAACUCCCGCCUACAAGCCUGCUGAUUAGAAGGGGGAUGUGUAGAUAUUUUUAUUUUUCAACCAGCAACUUUCAGGAAAUAACACUGAUAAUAAAAAAUGUAAAAAACUUCUACAGUGUUUCAUCAGCGGUAUCAAUUAUAUAACAGAAUGUUGACUGCACUGGGCCUUUAAUGUUAACACAUGGUACUUUGAUAGGCACCGACAUGUACUGUAUCUGAACUGAAGCACUGUGGUUGAAUGGAUAGCAAGUCUGACUAACUUUUUUUUGUGUGCCUUUUCAUACACUGUACAUACCGUAUGUAAUAUAGUACACACUAUUUCCCUGGCUCAAUGGUAAGUUUCAAUGCGAGCUAGGAUUCCACCCCCUCGCAUAGAUAUUCACAUGUGAAGCCUGAGUACAUCUCAUGCAUACCUUACAUACAAGAACACGUAUGUACAUCAUAUCUUACAUAGUAUAUACAUUUUAACACACACACACACACACUGUAGUCUGUCAUGCUUGACAGCUUAAAUGAAUCAUGGAAGCUCAUUAAAAUGCAUUCUCACAUGUCAGCCAGCCAGCGCAAUUGGUGUCAGGUGAUCAUGGGGUGCAUAUAUAAAGGUCCGCCAUCUGGUGGUGUGGAGGUGUAAUGCUAUAAUCCUGGUCCCAGAUCUAGGUGUGCUGUAUUAACCAACUCUUAGACCAGGCUAUAGCAAUGCCACUGAGUACCAGGAUGUUAUUAUUGGUUGACGAUCUUACUAGUGUAAGAUCCACACAUGAUUUAAUGUCUUUGGUGGAACGAGCUGUGAUUUUUGGAGAGAAUCUGUGACCAGGUCAGUUCAAUUUUAUUAAGCAAUCUAGAUUACAUAAUUUCUGGUGUGUCACAGCAUCUUUGAACAGAACAGAAUUUACCUGAAGCUUCUUUAAAUAACAGGGACACACACACAGCUAUCGUUUCCCUUUCCAUUCACCACUCCAGGUGCAGUGUAAUCUAUUUCAAGUUUUAUUUUUUUAAUCAUUUUGGCACAUUUUUCAGAUGUAAGUGGUAUAUUUUCUAAGCUCUAUGUACAAAACUCUAAACUGAUAACACGUGUAAUGCCUCCUGUCUUAUGUUCAGAACCUUUGAUUGUGCAUUCAUUGAGGUUGCACACGUCUUUCACCCCUGGGUCAUUCAUGCCAAAUCAAAGUUUUCCAUAAAAUACAACAUUUAGUUAAGUCACCAAUACAUCAGGUAAUGAUAGGCUCACCAUUUAGUCAUUUUAACUAACAUUAAAUCCAAUAGCAAAGAAUACAAGAUACACAUUGUAAAAACUGUUAUUUUUGAAGUGCUGUUAGAAAGAAUAGUAGUCAAAUCUAAUUUUCCAUACAGAAUUUGACUAUAGCUUGACAUGCACAAUUUUAGUUUCAUUAUCCUUAUACAGUACUACAGUAGAUACAGUACUACAGUACUGUGGUCAAAUAAUCAGAUAUAGUGGUAUUGUAAACCAGUCUGCUACGGUAAAAACUUACCACGGUGUUGAAUGCCAUUUCUGCCCCAUGGAUAAAUGUACAAUAUCACCUUUUCUACGUGAUUUUCAACUGAUACAGUAUCACCUGUCUCUCUGCUUGAAAUUCAUUCAUGUUUAAUGUAUCAAUGUAUACGGUAUAAUCCCAGGUAUUUCAGCAGUGCAUUGUACUCUACGCUAUAUAAUGGUAGCACAUAGGGAGUCGUUGUCCUAUUGAUGCACACUGGCUGAUGGAGAAUGAUGAUGCAUUUACAGCCACAUCCAGACAUGAUUUGAGAUGGACAGUGUUCAGCAGUUAUCAAGCUAUACACGUUAGCUAGGCACUACAUCAUGUUGGUUCAGUAGUGAGCAGUUUCAUUAACUAAUAGUUCAUUGUAUUGUUUGCGAUUGACAAAAUCAUAUCAAAAGUAAAGUGAAUAUUGUGUUUUGAAAAGCAGAUACUUAUAUUGAAUAUGCAUCCGAAUUGAAAGAGUGAUUCGCUGGAGUGAACAAGUGAACAAGACACUGAAUUUGUUUGGUGCUCAGUCAAUGGAAAAUGUGCUUAGAGUUUUGAAAUAUGAGCCAUUUUGAUGUUCUGUUUAGAUUUCUGUGCUUAGAGUUGUGAAAAUAUACCACACUUGUGAAAAUUGCACCGAAGGGAUUGAAAAAUUAACUUGAAUGACUUGGUAUUAGCAUUGUGAAAGUGGCGUCUGUUAGUGUGUGACAAACAGUCAAGGAAUUCAUUGUCCAUAAAACCUAGAACAUUUAUUACAGAAUCACAUUGACACACUAGCCUACUGCAGUUUUACAACUGUUAAAUUAACCUUUUAAGGAAAAGAUGUUACGCCGUUCUGUUAUGAGGUGUGACGUUUUAUCAUUUUAUUUAAUCUCAGUACACUACACUCCGUUGGGUAACUGCCAUUUUUUGUUGAGUUCAGGCAGUUUACUCAACAGCAAUACAGUUGAUUCAUCCACAACUGAAAUAUCUUUUUACAUUUAUUUCAACGGUUAGACUUAACUAAAAAUUGAAUUUGUUGGUUACAUCAACUGGUAACAUCAACUGCUAUGUCUUUCAUUGUGUCUAUGUUAUGAACCAUGGUUAUGGUGGGCUUCUCAACUAAAAGCCCAUUUCACUGUCUCCAUGUUUGUCGUCUUGACUAAGACUCGGAGAUGGUGUUUUUUGGUGGUGGUUUUAAGAGAAAUAAAAUGUUGAAUGACAAAGAUAAACGCUAAUAAAACAGUUUUUCCACCCUUAAACUGUACAUUUUGGGAACAGGGCUUUAAAAAUGACUGUUUCUGUGUUUAUCAUUACUUUUUAAAAUCUCUUGUAUAUAUUGUAUGUAUUAUUUUAAGGUAAAUUUGACUUGACUGCACUGUUUUUGUUUUUUAUUUUUACAUUUAAGAGCUAAUGGAAACACACAUUGAUACACAAUUUAAUUAUGUUGAUUAUCCCAUUUCUUUGAGACAUAAUUAUUAUAAUAUUAACAAUAUACAAAAACACACAAUGUACUGUACGUGGCCCCAGUACAUUUAUGAAUUAUUUAUUAAUUAAAGCAAUGGCAAGAAUACAACCACACACACACUCACAAAGCAGUGACUGAUAUAGGCAAAUGUAUCUACUGACAAUACUGUAAGAAAUUGUCAUUUUGUUCCUCCAAACUUGUUAAUUUUUAAAGUGAUGGGAUUCACACUUCUUGAAAGCAGCCUGUAAGGCAACUCUACCCCCAAGACUGAUGUUUAACCAGAGGUUGAGAGUCUCACAGGCUACUUUCAAGGCAUCUCAUUGCUAUGCCCGUACAGAAAAACCACAUGAUUUCCCAUGUGGAACAUUUCACGUGUCUUCACAUGUUGUCACGUGUUCUCACAUUAACGGCUCAUACGAUCACACAAAUUCAUGUGGUUUUGGAACACUAUAUGUGAAAUUCAUGGGUGGUACUGUGAUAAUGCUACUUUUCUGUUGACCUCUCUACUAUUGACUUGAUACACUAUUCUCACAUGAUGGGAACCAUGUUACAUAUUGUAUGUCUGUGAGAAUGUAUGGUACUGUACACUAUUGAAAUAAAGGGUUCUUGUCUCAUGUAUGUUGACUUGAAGAAUACUCA